CGGUGUACAUUCAAGGUUCGUGAAUCUCCACUCAACUCAGACUCGAUGGUGUCCGGCGCCCUCGAAAGACAUCUUCUGACUUGCCAAACUGAUCGAGCAUGCGCAUGCUCAUCUGAUCACUCGCCUGUCAGUAUGUCAGCUUCCCACUUUGCGGUGGACACCGUGGGCACUGGUGCAAUGGGUGCAGAGGGGUGCGCAGAGGCUAUCGCAGAAGCCAACGAGGUUAUUGACCUCUAUGCGACAAAAGACACGAGCGUCAGCGCUUCGGAGCUCAAGGUAUCUUACUUUGCCUUCUUCGUGGCUCGCGCGGGAAUGGGCCCAAAUUACGUGGCCAGGCUCGAGAGGGAGUUUCGCAUCUUGUCGGUUUAUCUAGUGGCGCAUAGCGUUGAACGAUUACUUGGCCCCGCAGCAAGAGUGGAUGAGUGGUUGCUAGAACGGGUCGGGGCUGUACGAUACCUCAAGCACGUGUUCAGGACUAGUGACAAAGCGGUGCAGGUGUGCGGAACGGCACAAAGCAACGCAAGCAUAUUUCGCACGACACCAGGUGUUUGA